AAAAACUGCAGCGAGAGCUCUGGUCCAGGUGGGUUGGAGCCGAGCGGGUGCUCAAGCAGGUGUGUGAAGUGCGAGUGGGUACACCUCGGCUAUGGCGGAUACCUUGCGAAGGCUGGUCAACACAACGACCUGCAAACUGCUGCAGAAUAAACUCGAGUCUUGGUACAAGGAUUAUCACAUCAACUCGUGUGAUCAGAACUUGAAUCGAUGCUGUGAACUUAUUGAGCUGACCUCAAAGGUGCAAGGUGAACUCUUCACCAUCCUCAGCCUUGCAGCAAGCGAAGGUGGUGUUUAUUGUGGCAUUGAUACCAUCAAGUCCCGCUUCCUGCCGUGGCUCGGAUCUAACUUUACAGUCAUUACCCCAGGGGUGACCUCUGACACCAGCUUUACCCUCCUGCAGGAAUCUGCUGAGAAAGACCGGAAACUGUGGGAGCUGACAACAGCCCAUGAUAAGGAAAUACUGGAGCUGGAGACUGAAUUGAACACCACACGUCGCCACCUGGGGGCAGUCAAGCAGGAGUUAGCAGAAGCUCAUCUGGAACUGGACGAUACUCAGAACAAAUCAGCUGUGACAUUCCAAUUGACGGAGGAUGAAAUAAUAAGACUGAGAACCGAACUGAGAUCAGUUCGCGAGCAAGUGAGAUACUACAAACAAAAGGUGGAAAUGCUGGAUGAUUAUGAGCACAAGAUCAGACAACUGAAGGAUGAGGUCGCCUUCCUCUCGGCUGAGAAAUCCUCACUGCAGGAAAGGGUCCCAGGUCGUUGCUCCCCGAUCUCUUUCCCAUCUGUGAGCCGUUUCUCUCCAACUUACGGUAAACUGACUAACGGCUCUCGUCAGGCCCGACUGAUAUCCCGCUUCAAUGACAUUUACGCCAAUGAGCGUCUGCAUGCACAGAACCUCCUGAGACGCUACGUUGAUGAUCUAGAGAUGGUGAAGCAAAUAAUAUUCAUUGCAACAGCUGAGGCAUUCCAAGCUGCGAAAAUGGCAUUCCGACAGUUCAAACUCCGAGUACGGAAAACAUUAUCGCCUUCGCAUCGUGGGCCAGAGUCGCUGGAUGACACUGUGAUUGAUUACAUCAUUCGCAACCUGGACCUCUAUGACGUCCAGUCUAGCAUUAAUGAUGUGAUCCGUAGCAUUAGCGUUCAUCCAAAGAUCUCCAUCCCAAUCGAAGUUGACUUUAUAUUGAUCAGCAGUUUUAUCCGUGAAAUUUGUCGCGUAGCCUUUGCCAUGCAGACACUGGAUCCCCCCCUUGACAUCGCCUUCACUGCCGAUGGUGAACUCUUCAAUGAGAAUAAGUAUCGCCGCAGUUACGACUCUGACUUCACUGCUCCCCUGGUGGUUUAUCACACCUGGCCAGCCCUGGUAGAAAAUGGCAUUGUCAUUGUCAAGGGAGAGGCAUUCACAAAGAGAGGAGCUCUGUGGGCACCAAGUAAGAGCCAAAGCAGAAGUAUCAGUCCUGUCCGUUCCCGUUCCGUCAGUCCUGCCCGCGGUCUGUCAUCUCGGAGCCGAAGCCCAUCCCCCCUCAGGCGGAGCAUCAGUCCCAGACGCUGAAGAACUAAAGUUGCAGAGUUAAGAGGUUGAUCGACUUCUGAAAACUACCUGAAUAAUGCCAAAAUAAGUUUAGUGGCCAGAAGCAAAUAUGUGUGAAAAAUCCAUGUUUUUCAAUCUUCAGGGAAACCAUUGUUGUUUGAUUUUGUUAUUAACAGGUGUUGCUUAAUUGUUACAACAUUUUAAAUACAUUAAUUGUGCUGCAUCAUCAUAACUCUUAAUUACAUGUCGAACCCCUAGUCUGCAGGUACACAAAUCCUCCAAGGUGCCAGAACACAUUUAUAAGGGGGCUACAUCUGUGCAUAGGAUAUUUAUCAUUGUAAAUGGCGUCAUUGAAUAGAUCUCAGCUGAAGUGCAAUUCUGAACACUGGACUUUGGGAAGAACAUCAAGAACCUGGUGAGGGUGCAGAGGAGGUUUAUCGAUGAUGCUGGAGUGGAAUGCUAAAAAGAGGAAUUGUUCUUUUUACAGGAAAUGAAUAGAGGUAGUUGAAAAUGAUUAUGUGUGUUGAUAGAAAGCAGAGUUGACAGAAUUUUCCACACCACUGGUUGAUAAAUGUACACUGGUCAUUGAUUUAAAGCAAUUGGCAAAAAGACUAGAUGAGAAAUUACGAUUAAAACAUUUUUUUUCCCCUUCAUCGAGGAUGAUCAGUCAUUCUCUGCCUGACGAUAUGGCGGAAUCAAAUUCCAUUUUAAUGUUCCAAGGUAAUUGGAUAUGUUCUUGAAAAGAACCAAUUUGCAGGGCAAUGGACUAAAAAGGAGCAUGAUAAUAAAUUGGGUAUUUCAUUUAAGCCACCAGCUUUUUCUGAGAGGCUAAAAGGCCUCUUUCUCUGCUGUAAAAUGAUAUAUAUGAUAGUGUUAAAAAUCAUGUGUGAUUAUAAAAAUCAUUGAUUGGUUAUGGCCAAAGUUGCAAUGUUUCUGCAGGUGUUGUGAUCGCAAAAUACAUUGAUAACUAUUGAAAGAAUUUAACUGUAAGAUUAAAACAAUUGGGGCGGUAUGGUGGCGCAGUGGUAGAGUUGCUGCCUUACAGUGCCAGGGACCCGGGUUUGAUCCUGACUAAGGGUGCUGUCUGUACGGAGUCUGUACGUUCUCCACGUGAUCUGUGUGGGUUUUCUUUGAGAUCUUCUGUUUACUCCCACACUCCAAAGACGUACAAGCUUGUAGGUUAAUUGGUUUGGUAUAAAUGAAGAGUGUCCCUAGUGUGUGUAGGUUAGAGUUAAUGUGCGGGGAUCACUGGUCUGCGUGGACUCCAAGCACCUGCUACGUCUAAUGUAGGCUGUAUUAAGAAAAUUGUUAUGGUUUUAUAACCUAUGGGGUUGGAACAGUGGCGCAAUGGUAGAUCUGCUGUCUCACUGCUCCAGUGACCCUGGUUCAAUCCUGACUGUGGGUGCUGUCUGGAUGGAGUUUGCACGUUCUUCCUAUGACCGCAUGGGUUUUCUCCGUGUUCUCCGGUUUCCUGCCACAUUCCAAAGAUGUGCAGGCUUGAAGGUUAAUUGACGUCUGUAAAUUGUCCCUAGGGGGUAGUAUAGAACUAGUGUAUGGGUGAUCAUUGGUCGGCGUGGAUAUAGGGGGCUGUUUCCAUGCUGUAACUAUAACUAAACAAAACAUUGGAAUUGUCUGCUGUUGACCCUCAGAUUGCGAUAAAAGUGUGAUGCGAGGCUGUAUGUUAGUGCUACAUGCAUGUGUAGCAUCAACAUAUUUAUCAUUUUGAAGGCUUUAUCAUCUUUGUUCUGCACAAUAGUAUUUUUAAUCAUAGAAAAUCAAAACAGUCUAACAACUGCAAAUAGAAAUCCUACCAUCAUUUAUGAUUAAUUAAUAUAGGCGAAUGUAGGAACCACAGUCACGUUUUUCUUCAGCUGUUCACUCCUUUGGGAGUUUUUUUUUUUUCCCCCUGUAGUCUAUGUAUAUAUUAAAUUCUUUGGUAAAAUAGACCUGUCCCACAAAGUGCCCUCUUAUUUAUAUCUGUGAACUAAGUUCAACUGCAGCUGCAGCUGAUGGGUCAAUAAUUUCCUUUGCCCUUUGGCUCUGUGGGUCUUUAAUCAAAUUAAUUACUUUUGGAUUAAGUUUGAAGCAACAAAUUAGCCAUACAAAAAAAGACGAGAAAAACUGACGUUUAAAAAAAGAAAAUGAAUCGCACCACAAUCAAAUAAUCCCAGAUGUUUAAAGUCUGCAAUAAAAACAGGAAAUGCUGGAAACACUCGGCAGGUCAUGCGGCAUCCGUGGUUGAAACGCAGUUAACUUUUCAAGUCAAAGGGCCUUAAAGUUUCCAGCAUUUUCGGUUGUUAUUGCAGGAUGGAAGGAGCUUAGGCUUGCAGCUGACCAGCGCUCAUAGCUGUCUCUGAGUGCUCGACCUGAGAAAGCACCCAUCCCACUGCACGCGCCCCAUUAUCUUGAAGAGCAUAAUCUUUGAAAGGAACAUGACGGCAAAAACAAGGGGGUAGAUUAUUAUCUCAAUGGGGUUAGGUUAGGUAAGGGGGAGAUGCAGCGAGACCUGGGCGUCCUUGUGCACCGGUCACUGAAAGUUGGCUUACAGGUAUAGCAGGCAGUGAAGAAAGCUAAUGGAAUGUUGGCCUUCAUAACAAGAGGAUUUCAGUAUAGGGGUAAAGAGGUUCUUCUGCAGUUGUAUAGGGCUCUGGUGAGACCACAUCUGGAGUAUUGUGUGCAGUUUUGGUCUCCUAAUUUGAGGAAGGACGUCCUUGUGAUUGAGGCAGUGCAGCGUAGGUUCACGUGAUUGAUCCCUGGGAUGGCGGGACUGUCAUAUAAGGAAAGAUUGAAAAGACUAGGCUUGUAUUCACUGGAAUUUAGAAGGAUGCGGGGGAUCUUAUAGAAACUUAUAAAAGGACUGGACAAGCUAGAUGCAGGAAAAAUGUUCCCAAUGUUGGGCAAGUCCAGAACCAGGGGCCACAGUCUUAGAAUAAAGGGGAGGUCAUUUAAGACUGAGGUGAGAAACGUUUUCACCCAGAGAGGUGUGAAUUUAUGGAAUUCCCUGCCACAGAGGGCAGUGGAGGCCAAAUCACUGGAUGGAUUUAAGAGAGAGUUAGAUAGAGCUCUAGGAGCUAGUGGAGCCAUGAUCCCAAUGAAUGGUGGUGCUGGCUCGAAGGGCCGGAUGGCCUCCUCCUGCACCUAUUUUCUAUGUUUCUAUGACAUUAGGAAAACAAAACUUUGACUUUUCAAAAGAUGUAAAACACAUCAAUUUUAUCACUCGUGUCCUAACGACUGCAAAAUAUAAUGUAAACAGAAACAUUCGCUCUGCAUUACGAUACAAUACAAUUUAUUUGUCACUUGAACCUCAUAGAGGCUCAAAUGAAAUGUUGUUUCUGCAGUCAUACACACAUGAAAAAAAAGACCCAAGACACAACACAAUUUACACAGACAUCCAUCACAGCGCAUCUCCUCCUCGCUGUGAUGGAAGGCAAAAAACGUAUCUGUCAUUUGUUGUACUGUUAUGCUGAAUUGUUCAGACUUUCAACAGCCAAAAGGUCUACAAGGACAGGUAGGACUCCCUGUAACUGUGGCCUCACACGGAUCAGAUACUUGAAAGCUCACACUAAACCUGGAGGUUUCUAUGUUGGUCUUCAUGGGCUGCUCCUGACAAAGUCCUUUGUACCUCUUGGAUGUUGCCGCUUGCCAUCUAUGCUUAUAAAAUACACAAUAGACAUAUUUUUAAUUUGGGCUUGGUACUUUCAAAGAGAAAUUUUGCUUUUUUUUUUUAACCCUCAGGGAAGGAGAUAAUGUUAUUAAUUGCAGCUUCGGUGUUGCCACUUGAUUUCCCCAAAAUAUUAAACAAAUAUUAGCCACAGUGAUCCACGUAACAAAUUAUUUUAGAUAUUUUGUACCUAGCAGGGUUCCUUAGCGGAUGCACAAGAUUUCAUUCUUGUGGUAGUCAGAGUUGUUGUGCUUAUUUUACAAAGAGAGAAGUGACCAUUUCAAAUUACAGUACAGUAUUCACUGUUUAUGGCUAACCUUUGAAAAUGGUACUAAGCAUCCAUGGAGUGUGCUUUUAAAAAACAUUUUUAAUGAUUUAGAUACUUAUUUUAUACUUUUAAUGAAUUGACACAAUCAUUUAUAGUUUGCAAUGGAAUUGUAUGCAUUGUGUCCCAUGAAAUGUUGUGCAAUUAUUCAGUUGAAUAUUGUACAAGUCAUGUAAUGUGUUUGGAAAACAUAAAUAAAUUCUUCAAUUUUUAAGUCUUG